AAGAUACCAGAGCAGAUACCGGGGCAGAUACUGGGGAAGAUACCGGGGCAAAUACUGGAGCAGAUACUGAGGCAGGCAAUGGCGUCGUCAUCCGUUGUGUAGCCUCCCUGAAUAUGUCCUAGACCACGGUGGGCCGAGAUGUGUGCCGGGACGUGUGCCGGGACGAGGAGAGUCGUGGUGUUUCUGGACACAUGUGUGCUCCUCUGCACAGUCCUCACUACAGGUGCCGCUCAGCAGCGUCGGGUACAGGUACAGGUUGGGCAGAGUGUGAACAUGCAAUGUCUGGUGCCCAUACCCAGUAUUACCCAGUGGGGAACGCGGAGACUCUUCCUGCAGAAACGCGUCCCCGCCUCCAACCCAAGAGUAGUGUUUUCUUUCUCCAAUGGUGAAGAGAAGCCGGAACACCAGGACCCGUCCUACAGGGGCCGCUGCCGCCUCUUCAGGGACAACCUCACCCUGACCCUGUCAGACAUCAGGACCAGCGACCAGGGCGAGUACGACUGCAAGGUCUUCCUCCUAAGGUCCCGAGGGUACGAGCUGGAACACACGGGGCAACUGAUCCUGUCCAUCUGGGCGGAUUACUCGAGGCCGCAGAUCUCCUUAUUCAGGGGCGGGGCCGGCUAUACGGCCGUUUGCUCCUCUAAUGGUGGCUACCCCCAAGGAGAAGUAAAGUGGACUAUAAGCCCCAAUAACCUCGAUCUCAGUAACAGGACACAGACCCGGGCCGACUGUGACCCCCUGACCCUGCUGUACAACAUAUCUGGACACUUGACCCUCCCAUCCUCAACAACCGGCUCCAUCUACUGCUGUGUGGUGGCUGAGGGCCGAAGAGUGUGUAGUGAGGAUACUGAUUUACCCCUCCCAGAAACAUCUAGAGCUGGGAGUCGAGAGUCCAGGAGAAGCACAGUCCUCAUUUGCCUUGGUCUGAUGAUGUCCCUCACCCUGUUCACCCUACAACACGUGGGCGUCCAUGUGUACGCAGAGGGGGAUAGGUAAUAUGGACCUGCUGAACCCAAUGGAUCCUCUGACCUCUGAGAGGUCGUAAAUUUUUCUUACUCUGAAUCAAUACGAUUCAUCGUGAAUCCACAAACAUUGAUCACAAUGUACUGUCCAAAUGGAUGUUCACACUGCGGGCAACAUGGACCAGUCCAGAACAUAGAGGGCACUGCGGGGGAGGAAGGACUCAUAAAC